CGACUAACGUCAGCCACACGUCGGUGAUGCAAUUCGCAUUUUGCAGCAUUACGCUUACACACAUUCACCAGUUCGUCAAAGUAAUGACGCGUCAGGCUCUCAAGUCUAUAUACAGGUAUAUAUCAUUACAGUAUAAUUGGUAAUUACCUAUGCCAACCGGUCAUCAACGCUCGCCGAACUUCAACCGAUUAACCGAUUAGUGGCCGCUGUACCACCUGUAAUACGCGUUCUCGUCGGGCAGUCGCAGUCGUCGUCCACGUCGUGGGUGCGGUCUGAUACGAAAAUCGCGCGCGUCCGUCUCAGUGUAUAAUCGUAUCGCGAAACAGUGGCGAUAACAAAACACACACUUGAGUACCGUCUUAAGAAUAGAAUAUUAUAUAAUUCGACGAGAUUUCGGGACGCAGUCGUCGCUAGCGGUGAACUCGAAAUUAUUCAGCGACCAGUGUAAUAUAUUCCACCCGCGGUGUCCAAAACCCGAAAAAGGCGCGUUUACUGUCAUAUAUAUUUUUUAAUAACCUUUCGCGUACGACUGCAAAUCCUAUAAAAUACUUACCGUUUUCGACCAUCAUCUGUACUCGACCGACCGGCCACCCCUCGUCGAAAAACUCGAACCCACUCAACCCCACCAGCGGUAUAGACCACAUCGCCGUGCGCCACUUCAGCGACGGGAUGAGGUGGUCACCCGCUCUGUCGUGGUGGUCGGCGGUCGCGGCGGUGGUCGCGACCGCGUGCGCCGCGAACGCCGCGAACAUAUUGGCCGUGGAGACGAUGGGCGGCAUAAGCCACUGGAACUUCAUGAGCGGCGUGCUGCGGGCGCUCGUCGACAACGGGCACGCGGUCACCGCGUUCACGCCGUUCCCGUCGCCGGACGGUCACCGGCCGCGGGACAACUACACGGAGGUGGACAUGUCCCGGGAAAUGCUGACCGCCGUCAACCACCGGCUGGCGGACGUCCGGCAAAAGUGGAAGAAUCCGUUCGGCCGCGUAUACGGUUGGGUGCGGCUCAGCCGGAACGCGUGCGACAAGAUCUACGGCCACCCGGCCGCGGAGGACGCGCUGCGCCGGCACCGGGACGGCCGACACCGGUUCGACGCGGUCGUCGUCGAACCGUUCCUGUCCGAUUGCGCGUCGUACCUGGCCGGCCGGUUGAGCGUGCCGCUCGUCUACGUCACGCCGCUUCCGGCCGUCGGGCUGAUGGCGCGCUGGCAUACCGGCCACGCGGCCAAUCCCGCGGUCGAGUCGAGCCUGGUGUCCGGCCACGGGAUACCCGGGACGUUCGCGCAAAGGCUGAGUAACGCGGCCCUCACCGCGUACUGCACCGUGGCAAUGGUUUUGGCGAACGCGGCGCUCAGGUACGUCGAACCGAGAGAGUACGACACGGUGCCGCCGGUCACGCCGUCGCUGGUGUUCGUCAACAGCCAUUACGUCAGCGAACCUGCCAAGCCCGUCGCGCCGUCCGUCGUCAACGUCGGCGGCAUACACCUGAAACCGCCCAACGGAUUGCCAGAGGAUAUACUUGAGUUUAUAGAACAAUCUGCACAUGGAGUUAUUUAUUUCACUUUUGGUUCAACUGUUCAAAUGUCUUCCCUUCCUGAAAACAUCAAAAAUUCGUUUAUUGAAGUUUUGGCACAAAUUCCUCAAAGAAUAUUAUGGAAAUAUGAAGGUGAAUUAGAAAACAAACCAAAAAACGUGAUGAUGAAAAAGUGGCUUCCCCAACGAGAUAUUCUUAUGCAUCCUAACGUAAAAUUAUUCAUCAGUCAUGGUGGAAUAUCUGGAUUAUAUGAAGCCGUGGAUGCUGGUGUACCAGUUCUUGGGUUUCCAUUAUUUGGUGAUCAACACAGAAAUAUAGAUAAUUUAGUCAAUGCCGGGAUGGCAAUCUCCAUGGACUUAUUUUCUGUAUCUAAAGAAGCAUUAUUAAACCAUGUUGUAGAACUUGUCAACAAUAAAAAGUAUACGACAAAUGCAAAAACUACUUCAAACAUAUUCAAAGAUCGACCGAUGACACCAGCACAAUCAGUUGUGUACUGGACUGAGUACGUUCUUCGUCACAAUGGUGCAACACAUUUAAAAUCUCACUCACUUAAUCUAACGUGGUAUCAAUAUUAUUUAUUGGAUGUUAUUUCUUUUGCAAUAUUUUUAAUUGUUGUUGUUUUUUUUGCUGUCUAUAAAAUGUUAAAAUAUAUUUAUAAAUACACUUCAAUAUUUCAUCAGAAUGUGAAAGCAAAGACAGAAUAGGCAAUAAACUGAUAACUAAUAAGUGAUUUGUGAUAUUACAAAGUAUUUUUAACAAA